GCUAAAUUAACUUAUUUUCCAUAGAAGCAAAAAAACAUCACAAUCAAACAGGUUAAGUUCUAACCAACCAACCAAACCAACAUACUCACUCACUCAUAGUCAUAUACACACCUUCCACGUCAUCAUCACCUUCUUCAUAACAUUGCGUGAAGAUAUCACUACGUUGUUUAGUUAGUUACACGACGACGUUGACCUUUCUUUCAGAUGGGUAAUUCCUUUGGAUGUUCCGCCUCCGGCGAGAGACUUGUAUCGGCGGCCAGAGACGGCGACCUUGUGGAAGCAAAGAUGCUUUUGAACUGUAACCCUUGUCUUGCUAAAUACUCCACUUUUGGUGGUCUUAAUUCUCCUCUUCAUUUUGCAUCUGCAAAGGGUCAUAACGAGAUUGUUGCAUUGUUGCUUGAGAAUGGUGCUGAUGUUAAUUCAAGAAAUUACUCUGGCCAGACGGCCUUGAUGCAAGCUUGUAGAUAUGGGCAUUGGGAAGUUGCACAGACACUUCUACUCUUCAGAUGCAAUGUUAUGAGAGCAGAUUAUCUCAGUGGGAGGACAGCUCUUCACUUUGCAGCGAUGAACGGGCAUGUAAGAUGUAUUAGACUUGUUGUGGCCGACUUUGUUCCAAGUGCUCCGUAUGAAGCGAUACGUGCUCACUCAGAUGCCGCUGACAAGGGUGGUGGAUCAAAUGUGAAAAGCAAACAUGAGCAAAGUGCCCUGUCGAAGUUUGUAAAUAAGACUGCUGAUGGUGGUAUCACUGCCCUUCAUAUGGCUUCAUUAAAUGGAUACUUUGAUUGUGUGCAACUGCUACUAGAUCUUAAUGCAAAUUUGUCUUCUGUGACAUUUCAUUAUGGAACAUCAAUGGAUUUAAUAGGGGCUGGAAGCACUCCUUUGCAUUACGCUGCUUGUGGGGGAAAUUUAAAAUGCUGUCAGGUCCUCCUUGCAAGGGGUGCAAGUCGGACUGCUUUGAAUUGCAACGGGUGGCUUCCUCUUGAUAUUGCUCGGAUGUGGGGGCGUCAUUGGCUUGAACCGUUGUUAGCACCUAGUUCUGAUGCCGUAACACCUGCCUUCCCUCAUUCAAAUUAUUUGUCCUUGCCUCUCAUGAGUGCUCUCAACAUAGCCAGAGAGUUUGGAUUGCAAUCAUCUACAACUUCCUCUGAUGAGAUCGACUUUUGUGCUGUAUGCCUAGAGAGGCCAUGUUCAGUGGCUGCUGAAGGAUGUGGACAUGAACUUUGUGUGAGAUGUGCGCUCUAUCUUUGCUCGACAAGUAACGUUUCUUCUGAAAUGCUUGGCCCUCCUGGCUCUAUCCCUUGCCCCCUUUGUAGACAUGGAAUUGUCUCAUUUGUCAAGUUGCCAGGUUCGCAAGCAAAAGAAAAUAAAUUACAUGUGUCCCUUGGCCUCUGUACUCCAUGCAUGCUACAUCCACGUGACAUAGAUCAGAUGUCUCUUUCUCACACUCCAGAGAUCCAAAGAAACUGUGUUGAUUCUGUUCCUUCAGAGUUACUAUGCCCCGUCACGUGUAGUCCAUUUCCAUCUAUGGCAAUACCUCUAUGCACCUGCAAUGAUGGUACGUGUCCAUCAUUUGAACCACGAUGUGUGGAAACACGAGAUGAAUCACCUCAUCACUUACAAGAGUCCACAACAGAUCAGGAUAAAAUUGAAGGCCCGAGACUGGAUAAAACAACUUGCUCGAACAUGUUUUGGGGUAGAAGAAGUUGCAGCAGGGAGCACCAAUGCAAUUCAGAGAUAAAUGCUUAAAGUGUUUUGUGCGUGUGGAUAUUGGUUCCAUUUUUUUCAAUCAACAGAGCUGUCCAUGGUUUUUUUUACCGACCAGACUCAAAUGGUGGAACUCAGUCGACAUAUCAGAAAGUCGAAAAACUCGUACGCAGAAUUCUCUGGUAUUUCAGCUUACUCAACCACCUUCUGCAUGCCCUCUUAAGUCUUAUGAGUUAUGAUAUUUAAGAGUGAGUUAUAAUAUUUAAGAGAGCCGAUGUAAAGUUAGUUUCAGUUUCAGGAAAUUGUGUUUGUGAUUUAUUUUAAUUUUAAAUUGGAUUUCAUUUUGUCAGGGGUGUUUUUUUAUGACUAGAAAGUUUAAGCUAUGUAACAUAUUAGGAGCAUUUGUAUAUUAUGGCUUGCCACUAAUUUUAUAGAUUUACAAAGCACAAAUCUUGGAACUGGAACCACUUGCUGAUGAAACUAUAAAUACCUUUUUUGGAUUGUAA